AUGGAUGUGCUUAGUGUCAAGACCUAUGGAGGAGUAAUAAAGUCUACAGAUCUUGAAAUUCUGUGUGAAUCGGAGCCAACGAUAGCAAACAAAAGAAGUCCAAUCACUGUUAUAAAGCUGCGCUGCCGCCGGCGAGCGUUGCAGCCUCUAUCUAAGGCUUUCUACACAACAACUGGCGCACACAUCCGACGUUCAUUGGGACGCCACUUGAGAUAUUUUAUAGCCAUCGCCAGCGAAGCGACACCGAUAACUAGGAUGCAAAACUACUUCAUAUUGUUUUAUUCCUAUUUUAUUUUAAGUUAUGUAGGUAACUUCAGCAGAAUUUAUAAAAGUAAAGUAUUAUGA